GAAAUCCACCACGUUUUGGAGCUGAACGCCCCAAAUACAUAAAGAUAAAAACAAAAGACUCGAAUUGCCCUUACGUUAGUUAGUGUCGGAAGAAAAGAAGAAAUCGAAUUCGAAUUCUCAAAGAAGCCCCGCCUAGAGGAGGAUUGGAUGGCGGCUUCAUCCCCGGCAAAGAGCAGCGCCGCCGCCAUCGACUGCGCCACCGCCGGCGCGAUACCCUCGAGUUCUAACGCAUCCAAGAGCCUUCGUGGCCUCAAUAAACCCAAGUGCAUCAAGUGCGGCAACGUUGCUCGGUCCAGGUGCCCGUACCAGUCAUGCAAGAAUUGCUGUGCAAAAGCUCAAAAUCCUUGUCAUAUACAUGUUUUAAAAGGCAACUCAUCCUUCCCGGACAAGCCACCCUCUUCCAGCUCUCCUUUAUUCGACCAACAGGCAACUGAUGUAUCUCAUUCAGGGAACUCUCAUAGACUUCGCCAACUUUCCAACAACUUUGCACAGUUCAGUAAUUUACAGACACCACUUCGAUCUAGGAAGCCAUUGACCAAAAAGGAUGCACAAGUUAUAAAUGAAUGGAGAUUCUUGAAGUUGAAAGGAUUCAAAGAUGGAAAUGUUGAAGCAGAAAGUGAAGCUUUUGACAGAUACAUGCAAAAUGUUGCUCUGUUGGAAGAGGUUUUUCUGAUGAAUUCAGCACCUGAUGACCAGAUUCAAGAGGGGCCGUCUUUUGGGGUGAACUCAAGAUCUGAUGGAGAAGAUACUGAAAGGAUCAUUCAUGGACUGAAGUUGAAGCUCAGAUCAAGUUCAGUAAGAACUGAUAACUUCAGAAAGAGGAUUCAAUACAUUGUAGAUCAAGGAUUGAGGAAGCUAGGAAAGCCAGAGUUGAUUGAUGGUACUGGUGACCUUAGCGAUGGAGAAGGACAGGCAAGACCUGCUAAGAAGACUAAGUCUUUGCCUGGUGAUCGUGCAAUGGCUAUACGAGAUGUAAGUGAUAAAUUGAACAAAGCACGAAAUGAAGAAGACCUGAAAGGAUGUUGGGAGAUGGCGUCUGAAAUCUUUAGAUGGGAUGCUAAGCUGAGCCAGACGGAACCUGGUGAGUUUCUAAUAUCCAGGGAAAUAAAUGCAAAACACGAUGCUUCUACCGAUCAAGAAUCCUCUCUUUUCCCACCGAAGUGGGUUAGCCCGGCCACCAUUGAUCAAGAAGCUUUUUCCCGAAUUGAUGCACAAUUUUCUUCCCUUGAGGAGAUAGAAGAUUUAUAGGUUGAGUUAACGUUUUUUCCAGUCAGGUUCUACUCAGAGAUGAUAGAUAAUAAAUGUUGAUAUAUUUGAUCAUUAAUCCCGUUGGGAACUGAAGGCUCUCAUCUUUG